GAUAGGUGGUGAUUUCAGACAGAGGACUUCGUCAGACCUGCGUCAGUGCCGAUGAACUCACCUCGCAGGGGAAGACGUGCAGCCAUACAGUCACACCGCAGCAAGCAUCCGCGUCCGACGUGCCGAAGGUCUGCCUUAAAAUCAGUACAUCGUUAAUGAAGUCUGAGAAAUAUUCGAAUAAUUCAGAUAAUUAAAGCAGGGGAUCCACGGCCAUAAAUAGCAGCAGCGUGUAAUUUCCGUGAAUUCGAGGAGCAGGGAAAGUUAAAAGCUGAACUAGCGGAGCAUCGUUUCAGCACCUCGGACAGAGCGCGGCGGAUCAUGGCUCCUGCGUCGCCGGAGGAAGCGCACUUUGCUGAGGUACCAGUCACAGUUGGCGUUGUCAGCAUCUUAGGCCUGGUCUUCAGUGUCUCCCUUUUUUCAUGGAUCUGCUGCCAGCGCAAGUCAACCAAGGCCAACAAAACACCCCCUUACAAAUUUGUGCAUAUGCUUAAGGGUGUAGACAUUUAUCCAGAAAGCCUUAGCGGCAAAAAGAAGUUUGGGGCAACUGAGAAGACAGACACGAGCACUAAACAAGGAUCUGGUCUUGCCACAGGCAGGGCCUCGCUCCACCUGGACCUGGAGAAGCGAGAUCUCAAUGGAAAUUUCACUAAGUCUCCCAAUACCAAGGUUCGGAGUUCUCCAGAUCUGGACCUAUCAUCGCCCCACCCAGGUUUAAAUCAUGGAGGAAAGGACAUGAGUUCCCCCAAAAGUGGUCUCUCUAGUCAUGCCAUGACUCCAGCUGACAAGGGCCAAGACAAGGAGGGCGGCCUUGGUACCCUUUUCUUCUCCCUUGAGUACAACUUUGAGAAGAAGGCCUUCAUCGUGCACAUCAAAGAGGCUCAUGGGCUCUCUGCCAUGGAUGAGCAGUCCCUGACCUCAGACCCGUACAUCAAGCUGACCCUCCUGCCAGAGAAGAAGCACAAAGUGAAGACCCGAGUCCUGAGGAAGACGCUGGACCCGGCCUUCGAUGAGACUUUCAGCUUUUACGGCAUCCCGUAUGGCCACAUCCCAGAACUCUCCCUUCAUUUCAUGGUGCUCAGCUUCGACCGCUUUUCUCGCGAUGAGGUCAUCGGUGAGACGCUGGUACCAUUAGCUGGCAUUGACCUUUCUGAGGGGCGCAUCCUUAUGAACCGGGAGAUCAUCAAGCGUAACACUAGGAGGAACGCGGGAAGAGCGGAACUCUUGGUGUCUCUCUGCUAUCAGUCCACCACCAGCACUCUCACGGUGGUGGUUCUGAAAGCCCGCCACUUGCCCAAAGCUGAGACCAACAUGCCCUCAGACCCUUACGUGAAGGUCAACCUGUAUCAUGGCAAAAAGAGGGUGUGCAAGAAGAAGUCCCAUGUAAAGAAGUCCUCCCCAAACCCUGUCUUCAAUGAGCUGUUCGUCUUCGACGUUCCAUCAGACAAGGGCCUGCAGGACACCAGCGUGGAACUCCUGCUGCAGGACUCGGAGAGGAAUGGCCAGAACCCUGUCAUUGGACGGCUCCUGCUGGGCACCGCCUCUCCGGGGACCCCAGGCGAACACUGGCGUGAGAUCUGCGACCACCCCCGCAGACAGAUCGCCAAGUGGCACGCGCUGGUCGAAGACUAGCUCCACCCCUGUCAACAGUCGCCAAAGGAACUGUCACUGCAAAUGGGGGUGGGUGGGGAGUUAAUGGGGAGGGAUUCAUUCCAAACGAUGUCACCAGUCAGUAGUUGAUCAAGUUAAUGGGCUUGGCCUCCACAAAGGGGGAGAGAGGCCAAGAAUCCCAACUAUUAAAAAUUCCAAAGAAAACCACUGAAUUCCCAGUAAUGCUACUUUCCAUAUUAAACAGUCUCAGUCUUGUUGAGUGCAACAGAGUAUCAUUACUGUCUCUAUCACUGCUAUUCUUCUAUUCCUGUCUUAUUACUGUUGUUACUAUUAUUCAAUUGUGAAAUGCUCUCUACAGUAAACAAAAAAGAUCGAACACUGUUAAUAUGACAUUGUAAAAAAAAUGUGGAUUCUUUUUAUUUUUUAAAGACACAAUGUUUUACUUAAUGAAUACUUGGUUUAUUUUUUUCUUUUUGUACUUCUACAAUUGUUCUUGUUUCUCUUGAGUAUGUUUUGUAAGUAAAAGUGGUAUUUCAUAUCUCAUCGCAUUAGAUUGAGAGCAGCCUAAAUUAGGCAAAACCUGUAACCAGGCGAGUUGUAUUAUAGUAUGACAGGUGGCGGCAAAGUCACUGCAGGGUGGGAGGUGGGAGGUGUAUGUGUAUCCUGUCCAGAGGGGUGUGAGAGACAGACACAGUCUCUGUCCUCUACUGUGAGCACAAGGACAGUCUAGUUACAUGUACCUUAAUAUAAACAUGUCAAGGUCUGAGAAAAAAA